AUGCUAAAUACUUUUAACACUAUUCACCCUAAUUAUGUUCUUACAGAAGUUGCAACAGCACUAGCAGCUUUUACAUUUACCAGUGCUGUUAAGAAAACCAAUUCAAUUUCAAAGAAAGUUAGAGCAAAUAUUCGUGAAACAGGUUUUCUUAAGCAUUGGUGCUUUACACUCCCACAACGCUUCCCAUCUACAGUUGAAAUCAACCAAUCUCUUCAAAUUCACUAUUCCGAAAACUACGAUGCAAAUUCCAGAGCAACAUUAGUUUUUUCAAGAACAUUUGUUGAUGGAAAAGAAGAAAUUACAAAUUGGUAUCCGCCUAAAAUCGAGUUUCAAGAACAAGAUGAACACUACGCUGUUCCAUGGGAUUAUUAUUACAGAGUUUUUGACGGUUCACAUAAUAUCUCCAUUCAUAACCAAUUAGAUUAUAAAAACCAACACAUUGACUGGAUUGAAUGGACAUUUACUUACACUGUUCCCGCUACAAAAGCAAAUUUCAAGCCUUUAUUCUCAUUGUUGUUCUUAGUAUUCUCAAUACAAAAUCCAUAUUUGAUACCUCUUAUCCUUUGCUAUGCUUUGACUGGUAUCAUUCCUUCAUAUUCCAAAGUUUUCCUCCAAUUAUUCUAUUUGCAGACUUCAUUGUUCGUAUUGUACCAAGCCUACAGACAAAACUUAAAGCUCUCAUCACAAGCUGUUAAUCUUACAGUUGGAAUUGGAAUCGCUCAUAUUAUAAUUUCAGCAUUUACAGCGUUUAAACAGAAUUUGUCUUCUGAAAAUGGUGGAAUACCAAUAUUGGAGUUAUUCUCAUUCUUGGCUAUCCUCCAAAUCGUUACAAUUUCUUCAAAAGAAUCAUUAUUAAAUACAAGCUACACUUUAUACGGAACAUUACUUAUCUACUUACCAUUUAUAUUGGAUAUCGUUGUUCCAGGCAAUUUCAUGGAUUAUCAAACAGGAAAAUUCUUAAUCCAAACAUUAGGUCAUUAUUACACUUUCUUUGGCUUGUUCCUCUUAAUUCUUGGUGAUAUGAAGUUCAAUAGUACAGAGAACAGCUCAGAUGUUCAAGUAAACGCAAUUAUUGUUCAAGAAGACUCUUCUGACAAAGCAACACCGAAAAGCGAUAUCGCAAUUAAGAACAGUAAGGUAUUUAACAAGAUUCCGUUCUUACUUACUCUUAUUCCAAUUGGAUUGGUCGUAUUAGAAACAUUUUACACUAAUUCUUCAUUGAAAGAGCCAAUAUUCGAGCUCCAUUAA